GCAUUGAAUGACUCCAACUUUACAUCGUGUGGUUCACAAACUACAUCAAAUGGUCCGGAAACGCGCGAUCCACUGGCAACCGUGCGCAGAAAUUCAGGCAUUGAACUUGGUCAUUCUGAAGGCAAAGUCGAAAACACGUCGAUCAGUUCGAAAACCUCAAAUGAGUAUAACCCACUAGAAGCUGAUGUUUCAGUGUCGAAAUCUGUAAAAGUUGUUGAACCGCAAGUAAAUGAGGCUGAAAAUAUCCUGGGAAAAUCUGAGCCCCAGUUGGUCCAGCAAGGUGUCCAAAGUGAUGUUUGCAACUCCCCAAUAGGGAAUGGUGGCGAAACUAAGAAUGGAGAGAGCGAAAUGGUAAACCUGGACCAACCGAGUGAGAUGCAGAGUGAGUUGAGUUCCACAGAACAUACCGAAGCAUUGAAUGACUCCAACUUUACAUCGUGUGGUUCACAAACUACAUCAAAUGACCCGGAAACACGCGAUCCACUUGCAACCGUGCGCAGAAAUGUAAGCAUUGAACUUGGUCAUUCUGAAGGCAUAGUCGAGAACACGUCGAUCAGUACGAAAACUUCAAAUCAGUAUAACCCACUAGAAGCUGAUGUUUCAGUUUCUAAAUCUGAAAAAGUUGUUGAACCUCAAGCAAACGAGGCUGAUAAUAUCCUGGGAAAAUCUGAGCCCCAGUUGGUUCAGCGAGAUGUCCAAAGUGAUGUUUGCAACUCCCCAAUAGGGAAUGAUGCCCAAACUAAGAAUGGAGAGAGCGAAAUGGUAAGCUUGGACCAACCGAGUGAGAUGCAAAGUGAGUUGAGUUCCACUGAACAUACCGAAGCAUUGAAUGACUCCAAUGUAAAGACAUCGUGUGGUUCACAAACUAUAUCAAAUGACCCGGAAACGCGCGAUCCAAUGGCAACCGUGCCCAGAGAUUCAAGCAUUGAACUUGGUCAUUUUGAAGGCAUAGUCGAGAACACGUCGAUCAGUACGAAAACCUCAAAUCAGUGUAACCCACUAGAAGCUAAUGUUUCAGUGUCUGAAUCAGAAAAAGUUGUUGAACCUCAAGAAAAUGAGCCUGAAAAUAUCCUGAGAAAAUCUGAACCCCAGUUCGUGCAGCAAGAUGUCCAAAGUGAUGUUUGCAACCCCCAAAUAGGGAAUGAUGCCCGAACUGAGAAUGGAGAGAGCAAAAUGGUAAACCUGGACCAACCGAGUGAGAUGCAGAGUGAGCUGAGUUCCACAGAACAUACCAAAGCAUUGAAUGACUCCAACUUUACAUCGUGUGGUUCACAAACAAGAUCAAAUGAUUCGGAAACACGCGAUCCACUGGCAACCGUGCGCAGAAAUUUAGGCAUUGAACUUGGUCAUUCUGAAGGCAUAGUCGAGAACACGUCGAUCAGUACGAAAACCUCAAAUCAUUAUAACCCACUACAAGCUGAUGUUUCAGUUUCUAAAUCUGAAAAAGUUGUUGAACCUCAAGCAAAUGAGGCUGAUAAUAGCCUGGGAAAAUCUGAGCCCCAGUUGGUGCAGCAAGGUGUCCAAAGUGAUGUUUGCAAGUCCCCAAUAAAUAAAGACAACAAAAUGGUAGCAGUUGAUUUCCAAUUUCCUGAUGACAGUUCUCCGGUUGCGCAUUCUAAACCGGAUGAUUUAACUAGGGACACUGUCGAACAUCAGUCUCAGCCCGGCCUUGAAGACUCUCUAAAGGCAUUAACUAAUUGGAAAAUUGGCGUUGCAAAAACAAAUCGUAAAAACGAUCUUCCUUCAAACGAAAUUUGCAGCGCGGAAAAAUUAGACAAAGCGGCUCCAAAUGGGGAUUGUCUCAAGGUAUCACAAAAGGUCGACAAUCUUAAUGCAGAACAAGGAAAACAACAUAAUUUAGAUGACGUCUUCAGCUCUGAUGAAGCAAAACAACAGACGUUAAACGAUAGUUUAACAGAAGUAUUUGCUUCUUGGGGAGAAAAAUCGACUAAAAAAUCAGAGGGCUUAGGAAUACGUAUUGCCGAGGAAGAAAAAUUGCACACGUUGAACGAUAAUACUACUCAGGUAUUGGGCGAACAGACCGUUACUUUGAACAAAGAGGUUUCUCGGGAACAAAAAGCAAAUGAAUCAUUAACUUGGCAUGACUUAAAAGGCCUUACUAGUAAUGAAAAAAGGAAACUAGAGACGUUGAAGGAACUCAACCGCGCACAGGUUUGUGAACCAGAAAACGGGGUAUCUGUCGGUAUAGACAAUAAUCCAGUAUCAUUAAACAAGAACGGAGAACAAUGUAAGUUAAAUAUGGUUUCUGGCACAAGAGAUUUCUCUUCUCGUAGCGAAGAUAAUGUCACAAACGAAGAGGAAUUGGCGCGUACCAGUCCCGGAAGCCAAUAUGCAAUUAAUUCUCAGAGUUCUGGAUUCACAGGAAGGGGCUAA